CUGGAUUCAUAUGGUUGGACAUCUAUUUUCGAUGUUUGGCCUCACCACUCGUCAUUCUUCUGUUUGCAUCUGAAACCAAUUCCCUACCGGAGCAAGUUGACCGAACCGUUUGAGCCCGGGCAGACGCUCACAGUUAAGGGAAAGACUGGCGAGGAUUCGGUUCGUUUCACGAUCAAUUUGCACAAUGCGUCAGCUGAUUUCUCUGGAAACGAUGUUCCCCUCCAUGUCAGUGUGCGCUUCGACGAGGGAAAGAUCGUCUGCAAUUCGUUUGCAAAGGGAGAGUGGGGAAAAGAGGAGAGAAAAAGCAAUCCGUACAAGAAAGGCGAUGACAUCGACAUUCGUAUCCGCGCUCACGAUAGCAAAUAUCAGAUCUUUGUUGACCAGAAAGAACUGAAGGAGUACGAACACCGCCUGCCGCUUUCGUCAGUCACUCAUUUCUCAAUUGACGGGGAUGUACUAAUCACUCACAUUCACUGGGGAGGAAAAUACUACCCUGUACCUUAUGAAAGUGGCUUGGCUGGAGAAGGCCUUGCCACUGGCAAAAGCCUUUUUAUCUAUGGCAUGCCGGAAAAGAAGGGAAAGCGAUUCCAUAUUAAUAUUCUUAAGAAGAACGGCGACAUUGCAUUGCACUUCAAUCCAAGAUUUGACGAGAAGGCUGUCGUUCGUAACUCGCUCAUCAGUAAUGAAUGGGGUAAUGAGGAACGUGAAGGUAAGAUGCCCUUCGAGAAGGCUGUUGGAUUCGAUCUUGAGAUCAAAAAUGAGGAUUACACCUUCCAGAUUAUGGUGAACGGCGAGCGAUUCGCGUCGUAUGCGCAUCGGCUGGAGCCGCACGAGCUAAACGGUCUGCAGAUCGGCGGCGACGUCGAGAUCACCGGCAUCCAAAUGCACUGA